AUGGAUUUACAAAAAUUAUCUGAGUAUUUAAAAAAAUAAACUGCUGUCCUCUAAUAUAUCUAUGAUAAUUCUGUCGAAAUCAAAGAAAUUACAAAGUUUAACUUGGGGUAAAGUAAUCCCACUUACUUAGUCUCUUUAAUGUAAUUAUUAUCUUUUAUAUGAAUAAAGAAAUUCUGAUAAAAAGUUAGUUCUGAGAAAGAAACCAGAUGGAUAAUUACUUCCAGGAGUAAUAUAUUUCUUAAUUUUUUAGGCCCAUAUGAUAGAGAGAGAAUAUGAAAUAACCUCUAAAUUAUCUUCUGUCUCUUUUCCUGUUGCUAAACCACUCUGCUUUUGCAAUGAUUCUAACAUAAUUGGAACUCCAUUCUAUAUUAUGGAAUAUGUAGAAGGUAGAAUAUUCAAGGAUAUUCAAUUAAAAGAAUUAAGUAGUUAAGAAAAAUAAGAAAUCCUAAAUGAAUAAGCUAGAGUUUUAGCAUUAUUACAUUCUAUUGACAUAUAUAAAUUAAAACUAGAUCAUUUAGGAAAGCCCGAGAAUUAUUAUUAACGCUAGAUUUCUACAUGGAGUAGAUAAUAUAAAUUAGCAGAAACUAAUAAUAUUUAAAGUAUGGAAAAUCUUCUAUAUUGGCUUCCAUUAAAUAUUCCUGAAAAAGAUGAAAAUGAUAUAGUUUGUUUAUGUCAUGGAGAUUAUGCCUUAAAUAAUAUGAUAUUCCAUCCAACUAAACCAUAGAUCUUAGCUGUAAUAGAUUGGGAAUUAGCUACAAUAGGUUAAUCGUAUGCAGAUAUUUCUUAUAUGACUUAGUUCUAUUUCACUAGCUAAUUUGAAAGCACAGCCCAUAAAGGAGGUGUUAAAGGAAUCUAUCAAUAUAUUGGAAUGCCAGAGUAUUAAGAUUUAAUAAAUGUUUAUUUCAAAUCUAGAAACAUUAAUAAAUCUAUUGAUUUAAGAUAUUAUACUGCAUUUUCAAUGUUUAGGUUAUCAUCAAUAGCAUAAGGAGUUUAUAAAAGAGCUUUAUAAGGAAAUGCAUCUUAAAAAGAGUAAGGAUUAGAGUUACUAAAAUUAUGUUAAUAAUUAUCUUAUGAUGCUUGGGAUUUGGUUAAUUAAUUAACUAAUGAUGAUCCUUUUGAUUUGAAAGAUUUGAUUAAAAAUGAUAUACCAAGAUGGGGAAGUUGGCCUAUUUCUGAUAGAGCUAAACAUAUUUAUUAUAGAGUUAGAAACUUUUUAAAAACAGAAUUCUUUCCUUACGAAAAAUAAUUAAUACAUGAAGCUGAAUCUAGACCACCUGAAAGGAGAUGGAAACCAUUAGAAAAACUCCAUGAAAUUAAACUAAAAGCUAGAGAAUUGGGUUUAUGGAAUUUAUUUUGUACUUAUCCAGUAGCAGGAAAAGGUUUAACUAAUUUAGAAUAUAGUUUUAUUUGUGAAUUAAUGGGAACUAGUUAUUUUGCUCCUGAAGUGUUUAAUUGUUCAGCACCUGAUACUGGUAAUAUGGAAUUAUUGAUUCUAUAUGCAAAUAAAGAGUAAAAAAUCAAAUAUUUAUUACCAUUACUAAAGGGAGAAAUUAGAUCAUGUUUUGCUAUGACAGAACCAUAAGUAGCUUCAUCUGAUGCUACGAAUAUAUAAACAUCAAUUAUUAAAACUUAGGAUGGAUAUAAAAUAAAUGGUAAGAAAUGGUAUAUAUCUGGUGCUGGAGAUGAAAGAUGCAAAUUUGCUAUUGUAAUGGGCAAAACAUCUUAAAAUACUUCUAAUCCUCAUUAGUAAUAAUCCAUGAUAAUUGUUGAUUUACCUCAUCCAAAUGUAAAAAUUACUAGACCUAUGAAUGUUUUCUUUUCUGAUGAGGCUCCUCAUGGUCAUAUGGAAAUGAUAUUUGAUAAUGUAGAAGUACCUAAAUCCAAUCUUAUAUGGUAAGAAGGCAAAGGAUUUUAAAUGGCUUAGGGAAGAUUAGGUGGUGGAAGAUUACAUCAUUGUAUGAGACUUAUAGGAAUCACUCAAAGAGUAUUAGAUUUAAUGAUGCAAAGAGGAGAAAGAAGAAUUAUAUUCAAAUAAAAAAUGAAAGAUGUUGGAUCUUUCUAGUAAAAAUUAGGAGAAUUAGAAACUUAAUUAUCAGCAUGCAGAUUAGUUGUAUUAAAUGCAGCUAUGUAAAUUGAUAUCUUAGGUAACAAAAGUAGAUACAUUUUUAAAAUUUUAAGUGAAUGCAAAGCUUUUGUUCCUAAAGUUACAUAAAAUAUUAUAGAUGAAGUUAUAUAAAUAUUUGGUGCUGAAGGAGUAAGUUAAGAUUAAAUUUUAUCAAUGGCAUUCAUUCAAGCUAGAACUUUAAGAAUAGCAGAUGGACCAGAUGAAGUUCAUUAUAGAUAAGUAGCUAGAUUAGCUUAUUCUUUAUAAUCAAAGAAUGAAUUGCUGUAAGCUGAAGGUUAUGGCUUACCUACCUUAUCUAAAUUAUGAUAAUCGUUAGAAACUGAAUAAUAAAUAAACAUAAA